AGCCCAAUGGAGACAUGAGGAAACCAUCCAUCAUCAAUUCCAAUCCCAAUGAAUCCUUUGGGGAAGAAGUAAAUGCAUUUUUAUUUGAUGAAAAAGAGCUAUACUCAUAUGAUGACCUUACCAAAGUAAAUCCUGUGACCACUAAAACAGUAUUGAAAUGUCUUCAAGCAAGAUAUGCAGCUGAACUGUUCUAUACCAAUGCUGGGUGUACAGUUAUUGCAGUUAACCCUUUUCAGCCAGUAAACAAAUUAUACAGUAAUGAAGUCAUGAAGCAGUAUCACAGUGCUCCUCAGCCUCAGAACUAUAAGCCACACAUAUUCUCCGUUGCCGAACAAGCCUACAGAAAUGUACAGUGCCAGCUUCAUCCAGUAAACCAAUCUAUAGUUGUCAGUGGGGAAAGCGGGGCUGGAAAGGUAAGAGCCAAACAU